AUGGCUGGUCAUUCGCAUAGAUCAUCGGUGAAAAACGGUCACAAACCAUUCAAGUCCAAGCAUGCCUCUAAAGGUUCUUUGAAGAACGCGUUCAAAGGAAAAGUUGAGAAAGAAGCCAAGAAUGGUAAGUCAAAUAAAUCUGUUUCUAAAUUAGAGAGGAAAAACCUUUCUAAACAAUUGAGACACCAGAAAAUACUAGAUACUCUAGAGACUAAGAAAUUAUUCGAGGGAAACAAUGGUGCGAAGAAGAUUAUCACUGUCAUUCCAUUAACAGCAGAUGUAUAUGCAGAUGAUAUCGUUAAGAAAUUGAUACUAUCCGCCGAAAAUGACGGCAAAACAGAAUCUGACUUAGAAUUCGAUUUGAAGAUGCCGAGUGUCACUAAUUUCAGAAUCAAUAAGUUUAAAACUACUCUUCAAGUGAUUAUUCCAGAUAUGUCCAAUUUCAUCAACAUUUUAGACUGUGCUAAAGUGGCAGAUUUCGUCGUUUUUGGGUUAAGUGGUACAUCUGAGGUGGAUGGUGAAUUCGGUGAACAAAUUAUUAGAUCUCUAGAAUUCCAAGGUAUUUCCUCCUACCUCGGUGUAGUCUCGAAUCUUUCACAAGUACAUCCAAAGGAAAAGUUCCAACUAGAUGUUAAGAAAUCAUUAGAGAGUUACUUUACACAUUUCUUCCCUAACGAAAAAUCUGUUUAUAACUUGGAGAAACCAUCCGAAGCUAUCAAUGCCAUCAGAACAUUAUGUCAAAAGUAUCCUCGUACUGUCAAGUGGAGAGAUGCUAGGGGAUACUUACUCGCCGACAACAUAGAUUUCAUAGAAAGCUCUGAAAACAGAGGACAUCUAGUGGUACAAGGUAUAGUGCGUGGGGCAGGCUUUAACAUUGAUAGACUCAUUCACAUACCAGGAAUGGGGGAUUUCCAAGUCUCCAAAAUAGAGAAAUUGGCAGCCUCAGCGAGAAGAAAUAAGUCUACAGAAGAAGGCACGGAAUUUUUGCCAUCAGAAGAACGUGAUAUCUUGGAAGAAUACGCAGCUCAAGAUAUGAAUAUGGACGAAUGGUCAGAUUACGAGGAUGGUUUCGAAUAUGAGAACUUAACUGCUGCUAGGUAUGAUGAUCAUGGGUUCUUACCAGGCAGAGAACAAGAAUCGAAAAAGGUGAAGCUUCCCAAGGGGACCUCUGAAUAUCAAGCAAGAUGGUAUUUAGAUGACGUCAUUGAAAUAGGCGACGAGGAGGAACUUGAAGAGAUUCAAGAUGAGAACGUGCCAAUACAAGAGGAUGAAAUGAUGGUAGACGAUGUAGAUACAUUCAAUACCGAGCAAGCUCAAUCAGAAAUGGACACUCAAACUGAAGCUGGUGGAGAAGAUAUGUUUGUUGAUCUAUCUCCAGAGGAAGAAGAAAGACAACUCAGAGAAUAUCGAGAUCAAGAAAAGGAAGAUCUCGAAUUUCCUGACGAAAUUGAACUUGACCCACGGGAAUCUGCUAUUGAGUCGCUUAAAAGCUACAGGGGGUUGAAGAAUUUGCACAACUGUAGUUGGGAAGUUGACGAGAGAGACCCCGACUGUCCAAGCGAAUGGAAACGUGUGCUAAGGAUUGGAAAUUACAAGAACACUAUGAAAAAGUUGAACAAGGAAGCAAUUAAGUCCGCCCAAGUAGUUGCUGGUGAUAUAAUAAAGUUGUACAUUGAUAUUCCUAAGUUUUUGUUAGAAAAGCUAGCCGAUCCAAAGACUGAGGUUUUCGCUGUUUACAGCUUGUUGAAACACGAACAUAAAAAUGCUGUAGUAAAUUUCUCGAUAGAGAGAUGGGAAGAGUAUGAUAGCCCUGUUCCUUCUUCUGAACCAAUCAUCGUACAGUACGGUAUUAGAAGAUACACCAUAGAACCAUUGUUCUCUUCUGCAUCCACUAGUCCAAAUAACGUGCAUAAGUUUGAAAGAUUCUUACACCAAAACUAUGUUUCAGUAGCAACUUGCAUUGCUCCUGUAGAUUUUACACAAUCACCAGCAAUUUUCUUCAAAACAUCUGUUACAGACCCUAAGGGUAUAGAAUUGGUGGGACACGGAAGUUUCUUGAACGCUGAUCACACCCGUAUCAUGGCAAAGAGAAUUGUUUUGACUGGUCAUCCUUUCAAAUUCCACAAGAAACUUGUCACGAUCCGUUACAUGUUCUUCAGACCAGAAGAUGUCGAAUGGUUCAAGUCGAUCCCACUAUUCACGAAAUCAGGAAGAUCAGGUUUCAUCAAAGAGAGUUUGGGUACGCAUGGCUACUUCAAAGCUACUUUCGAUGGGAGACUCUCGGCUCAAGACACUGUUGCUAUGUCACUAUAUAAGCGUGUUUGGCCAAAUGCUUCACUACCAUGGUCAGAUAAACUCCUGUAG